UUAGGUUUCUUCCUCUUGCAUUUGCUUAUCCUCAAUACCCUUGGAUUCAGUCGGGAGCGAGACCAAAACCCUAAUCAAUCGCAAUGAAGUACAACCCUAGAGUCUCCAGCUCCCGCCGUAAGAGUCGCAAGGCUCACUUCUCAGCGCCGUCGAGCGUCCGGCGGGUUCUUAUGAGUGCUCCCCUCUCCGGAGAUCUGCGCUCCAAGUACAAUGUCCGCUCGAUGCCGAUUCGCAAGGACGAUGAAGUUCAGGUCUUGAGAGGAACCUACAAGGGCCGCGAAGGUAAGGUCGUACAGGUCUACCGUCGCAAGUGGAUCAUUCACAUUGAGCGCAUCACCAGAGAGAAGGUUAACGGCUCUACCGUUAACGUCGGAAUCAAUCCGUCGAAGGUUGUGAUCACAAAGCUCAAGUUGGAUAAGGACAGGAAGUCUCUGCUCGAUCGUAAGGCUAAGGGCCGUGCUUCUGCAGAUAAGGAUAAGGGCACUAAAUUCACCGCUGAGGAUAUUAUGCAAAGUGUCGACUAAUUAUGAUCUGGUGAAUUUUUUUUUAAACUAAUGUUAGAUCUAUGUUUUCUCUGUUUUGAUUCGCUUUUAAACUUAUGGUUUUGUUUAAUAUGAUCCGGAAAGUUGAGACAAUGUUUUACUGUUUUUGAUGCUUUGAGUUCUUCCGUUUCUCUCGUUACCUGGAUUUUUGGUUAUUUUUCAAUGCAAUAUCAUAAGAUUCCGUUUGUUAAUA